AACUUGAGCAUCGGAGAACUUUUUUCUUUUUUUGCAGAUUUCUUCAUCAUGGGCAAAGAUAAGAACAGGGCAGGAGCUUCCAGCAAAUCCAAGGCCAAAUCCCGGGCGCCUACGACAUCCACCGAGGAACGCCUCUACUAUGGUGACGGGUCAUACCUUUGGUUUGAUUCCAAGGAGGAACGCACCUGUUUCCUCACUUUCUUCUCUAAACGGGUUGUGGCUCCUCCACGGAUCAUCCCGGAGCGCUACCCGGAGCUGCAGGGCUACGACGACCUCGACGCGCAGCUUCAUCAGGCCGGCCUUUGGCCCUUUGUCUCCCGGGCUCGGAAGGAGAUCAACCCGGCGCUGAUUCGGGUCUUCUACUCCAACCUCUGGCAUGAAGGCAACGUGCUCUAUUCCCUUGUCAAGAGCACGCCGAUAGAACUGUCAAUUGAGCAGCUUGGGCGCAUCGCCGACCUCCCCUACCAAGGCGACGACGUCUCCCUAUAUGGCGGAGAGGAUUGGGUGCUCAACAACGAUGGCCUUAUCCUCAACGAGCUUGGCAUCACUGAGCUCAUCCGCCAUGCCUCGGGCCGCCCCACCAUCCACUUCGCUAACCCCGAUGGCCGUCUUCUUCUCUACAUCGUCUCCCGGAUCAUCAAACCCAGGAAGCACGACCACACCAUCAUGUCCGGUGAAGAUCUCAAGCUCAUCCAUGCGAUCAUGCACUCGGCCCCAAUCAAUUGGGCAAAGUUUGUCAUGAUCAACAUGACGAUUGCCGCGUCCACCGACCACGACCACCUCCUCCCGUACCCGUUCGUGGUGAUGGACAUCCUUGAACGGUUCAAGCUCAUCCAUGCGAUCAUGCACUCGGCCCCAAUCAAUUGGGCAAAGUUUGUCAUGAUCAACAUGACGAUUGCCGCGUCCACCGACCACGACCACCUCCUCCCGUACCCGUUCGUGGUGAUGGACAUCCUUGAACGGUUCAAGGUGACCACCACCGUUGGCCCACUCACAAAGGCCACGAAGAUUUGGGCGGUCAGCACCCAAACCUUCAAGAAGCGGUCGGACAACUCCGGACCUGCCACUGCCGUGCAACGGCACCAUUCUGCUGCUGGCCUAGCCGAAGCCCAUGCCCGGGCCAACCUUGCCUCCAUCGCCAACUCCCUCAACCGGCUUCACUUCAAAGUUGGCAGGAUGGAUGGCUACCUUGAGCGGCUCGACGAGGCUGUUCAACGCCAAGGGCACGCCAUGAACGCAUACUUCCAACGCGUUAACUACGUCCCCCCACCGUACCAUGGCACGUUCUUUGGGCAAGUGUACGGUGACGAGGACGAAGAGGAUGGCUCCUACGCCCCGCCAAGCUCCCCUGACGAGGACGAGUUCGACGACGCUGUUGACGGAGUUCACUUCAAGUACUUAAUGCCUGAGUUGCUACAGGAGUGCAAACAUACACUUGGCCUCAACCUAGCCGCAAUGGAUCAUCUCAAAGAGAAUCUUGAUAAAUUUGAGGUUCUUUUGGUUUUCAGUGGUUUCAUUUUGGUCACCUGUACCUUGGGAAGUAUGGGGCUGGAAAUGCUGCUGCCAUGGACUGUUGAAGCUGAGUUUGGAAUCACCUACUCUUUCCCACUGGAUGCUACUGUGGUGCUGCUAUUUUUGGGGAGAUGGAGUGGAUUAAACUGUGGUUUUGGGAUGUGCAUUGCUGCUGGAACUGCUGCCUGGCUUGCAAGCCAAGGGAGAAAUGCACACCAACUCCAUGAAUAUAUGCUAAGGAAGAAGGAGAAGCAAGCAAGAAACCAACCAAAGUCUCAAAAUCCUAAAACCAAAACACAUCAGUCCACUUUGAGGUAAAAACUGAAAUUUUCCAUCCAUGAUCUCGAAAUACUUUUGGAAUAAAAAUUGUAGCCCCGGACGAUACGAAUCCAACCCAACAAACGGUUCGCGGUUUCAUGAAGUAACGAAGAAGAUAUGGCCAAAAUACCGGGACUGCGCCAGUGGUGGCGAACUCCUCGGGUUAGACCAUUUCCUCCACCAUAUUCAUGUUGUUUCAUUCCAAACACUCACCAUAAACUCUCUAACGAUUAUUAGGAACAUCCGGAAGGUAUCGUAAAGAAGGUUCGGUGUUGGAAUAUUGAAGUUAAGGAGUUAAUCGUCGAAAUCGUUGUUCAUCGACAUAUCCGAAAUCCUGGACAGCAACUAUCCUUUGACUUCAGGUCCGAUUUACGCUAUUUUACAACUGUUAAAUCGAAAUACUUUCUAUACGAAAGGUAUAGCCUUACAUCUUAGAAAUCCACAGAUGCAAACGGUGUGCAAUUCCGUGAAGAAACGAUGGAGAUAUGCCCAAAAUAUGGAAGGCUGUCCAAUUGUGGCGAGAAUGACAAAGUUGGCAAAUUUCGAUGUUAUAUUCCACUCCCGCUCAUCCGUAAGCGGUUUCGCUGAGCAUGUAGUUUGUAUUUUUCGUUGACUACACGUAGGUAACAAGAAGACAAUGACGGAACCAUUCCCGGAGGGCAUUGAGUCAGAGGAGAUGCAAGGAUGGCAGGCAAAUGUUUGAUCAUCAAGAUUUUAAAUGUGUCAUGAUUUGAUUAUUAUUGUACUUCCGCAUUACUCUGAAAAUAUUUUUAAAUGAGUCGCGAUCCAGACUCUGGAAUUUAGUAUUUAUAAGAAAUUGUCAUUUUCAAA